GUUAAAUUCAGGUGAGGGAUUCUUCCUCUUUGUCCACCUAUUUGUUAUUGAAUAGUGAAGUUUGUACUCUGCUCUUUCCUUUGGCUUAUACUCCUACUACUAUGCUUUAAUCUCUUGUUUCUUUAUGAUAUUCAGAAAACACUCCAUUUAUUUAUUUUUAUUUAAAUGUUUUGUAAGAAAAGUAUAUACAAUUAAUCAAAGAAAACUAAAAAAUUAAAAAAAAUAAAUGGGGGAGCAAAAAGAGGAGAAGAAAAUAACAUCAUCAGUAUGGAACACAACCAAGCCUUUUGUAAAUGGAGGUGCUUCUGGUAUGCUUGCUACUUGUGUCAUUCAACCCAUUGACAUGGUCAAGGUGAGAAUUCAACUGGGACAAGGGUCAGCAAUGCAAGUCACAAAGAACAUGCUUCGUGAUGAGGGUCUUUCUGCUUUCUACAAGGGUCUCUCGGCAGGUUUGCUCCGGCAAGCUACUUAUACAACCGCUCGUCUUGGAUCAUUCAGGAUGUUAACAAAUAAAGCUAUUGCUGCCAAUGAUGGGAAGCCUCUACCUUUGUAUCAAAAAGCGUUGUGUGGGUUGACUGCCGGAGCAAUAGGAGCUUGUAUCGGGAGUCCAGCAGAUCUUGCACUGAUCCGCAUGCAAGCCGAUGCAACCUUACCGUUGGCACAAAGGCGUCACUACAAAAACGCGUUCCAUGCACUUUUCCGUAUUGUUGCUGAUGAAGGUGUGUUGGCUCUCUGGAAAGGAACUGGCCCUACUGUUGUCCGAGCCAUGGCUCUUAACAUGGGUAUGCUCGCAUCCUAUGAUCAAAGUGUCGAAUUUUUCCGAGAUUCUCUUGGUGUAGGAGAAACUGCCACUGUCUUAGGAGCCAGUGCAGUAUCUGGAUUUUUUGCUUCAGCUAGCAGUUUGCCAUUCGACUACGUGAAAACACAAAUUCAGAAAAUGCAGCCUGAUGCAGAGGGCAAGUAUCCGUAUACCGGUUCAUUAGAUUGUGCCAUGAAAACGUUAAAGUCCAGGGGACCUUUCAAAUUCUAUACAGGAUUCCCUGUUUAUUGUGUUAGAAUUGCACCCCACGCAAUGUUGACAUUGAUUUUCCUGCAUCAAAUCCAGAAGUUUGAGGCUUCUGUGGGAUUGUAACUGUCAAAGAACUUCAGUGUCCCGCCUCACUGUUCCUAGAGCUUCUGCUAGUUACAAAAGGAUGUUCCAACUCGUCAUCUAUUAUGUGGUGCAUCAAAAUCAUUAUCGGAUUCUUGAAGCACAGCCCAACUUUGUAACUUGGUCCUUUCUACAAAAUCUAAAUUUUAGGAUUAUUAUACACCACCUUCAAGUUGCGAGGAUUAUGCAUCUUGAAGCUCACAGCGAUGUGCAUUCUUAUCGAGUUGCAUCUCUUUGUGUUCAUAUAUUAAUAAACGCACAGAUGUUAGCAUUGACUGUAACCUACCGAGCAUGUUUUAUUUAUGGAUAGCUUGAAUGUGCAAUCAUCAACAAUAGAAUACCA